GAAAGCAGCACCAGUGAGGCACAUGGUCACGUGACACAAUGUUUUGCUCUUUCUGCCGGGUGCAUGACAUUUGUUGUCUCUGCUCACAGACACGUCCGUUUAACCUACUUCUUUUGUUAUAAAUUAGAUCGACGGGAACAGAGACGUGUCUUGUUAAUACAUCUAGUUUACUAGCUAACCUUACGAUAAGAAAUAAAGACAUUUAAUCAGCGGAAAAGCAGCACCUGUGCGCCAUGGCGGCUGUAGACAGCUUUCAGCUGCUCUACAGAGAACUUUCUCGAUCAUGCAGUGUUUACUUCGAAACCCUGGCUCUGGUCGGUGCUUUAUACACAGCCAGCAAGGCGGUGAUCCUGCUGAGGGACUGCUGCAUGCUGGUUAGGGUGCAUUUCCUGCCGAGAAUGAUCCCCACCAAGAAGCUGACCCAGAGGUUUGGAGACUGGGCUGUGAUUUAUGGUAAGAGGGAUGCUGCAGGGGGGGUCAGUGCAUCAUGCCGUGGAUCUGUAGGCAGUCCAUUAAAAUUUGGGGUGUUUUUAUAAGGCAAUAUAUGCCAUCACUAUUGAUGCCACAAAAUAGAAAGUUGUAUCAGCUUGGGACAUUGAAUCUCCUGAUCCUUUUACAAUCCAUAAACUGAGACAAAAACUCACAUGUGCACACCCUUGAAUGAAACUAAUGGAAAGAAAAUCAAAGGAAACUCUCAAAUAAUCAAAGAAAAACCAAUAAAACCUCCACAGACUGAUAAUAGGAUAAAACAAAGUACAACAGAUCCAGUUAGAUCCUCAUACACUCACUUGCCACACACUCACUGGUCUGCCAAGAACACUUAAUUGUUUAAUCUUAUCAGUGUCUCCUUUUGUUGUGGUAUUGUCUCCCUGAAUUGCCUUCAAUGACCCUCAUUGGCGCAUUUUGUCUUGUCUUUUGUCAGGUGCAUCAGAGCCUUUAGCCACAGCCUAUGCAGAGGAGCUGGCCCGGCACGGUGUCAGCAUCAUCUUUGUCACUCAGGACCAAACGUCUAUCAGAGACACGGCUGCAUCCCUCUCCCACAGUUACGGAGUGGAGAGCAUCGUCGUCCUGGCCGACUUCUCUCUGGACCAUGCUGCCAGUAAGCCCAUCAAAGAGGCCAUAAGGGGGAAAGAUAUCGGCUUCCUGGUGAACUGCCUGGAUGAGUCUUUGGCCUCCCCGCAGAGCCUGAUUGAGAUACCUGAGCAGGGCCUGUUGGAUUUGGUGAAUAAGAACGUCGCGGUGGCUACUCUGAUUACUCGGUUGGUGCUUCCAGGGAUGGUGGAGCGCUGCAGAGGAGCUGUGGUCAAUUUAUCAUCGGGAGCUUGCUGUAGACCUUUUCCUGGAAGAGUGGCACUUACUGCAUCCACUGUGAGACAAAACACUGAGAAGAUCUGCCUCUUGUUCAUGCACACACACACACUGAAACUCACACCUUUAACAUGCAUGAAGUCUUUUGGCUGCAGUACUUUUCAUAGUACAGAAUAGUUGUGAAAGUUUUCAGUACUUGGUUACAAUUUCAUUACCACAAGGCUGAAAAUUAAUAAUAACAAAUUCAGAUUCAGGAUUUAGUAGAUACUGCUCUGUCCACAACAUCAAAACAAUCUGAAAGUGACUCACAGUAAAGAUGGGGGAUUAAUCAGACCUUAUAUUCAAUUACAAACAUGACUCCCUAGAUCAAGACUGACAUAACACAUCUUUGUAUGCAGAUGAUAACCAACUUCUCCCUCUUCUUCUGACACUUCAGGGCUACAUGGAUCAUUUCUCAAGAGCUCUUCAUCUGGAGUACAGCAGCAAGGGGAUCUUUGUCCAAAGUCUGGUUCCUUUCCAGGUAAAUAUCAUGUCAGGUGAUGUACAACCAGUUUUAAAUGUGAUGCCUUCGACAGAUUAAAAAAUAUUAAUAAAACAGGCAAUUUCAGAACGACUUUAACCUUAACUAACUCCUCUCAAGUGAAAAUAAAAACAUAAAAAAUGGCAGUUAUCAUUGCAGGACAGUUUUCUUAAACCGUUUUAUUACAGAAAGAUAAGUCUUGUGAAUCAGAAAGUAAAUGUGGAAAAACACGGAGAAGUAAUUACAUUAUUUAAUAACAGAUUUGCUGUCUUGGAAUGCAUAGGGAAAAUAGAAUUUAUAGUUGAGUAUUUUCAACCCAGCAGUCAUGAGGUAACACCCUAUAUGAAGGCCCCUGUAGUAAGGUGAAAUUAACAGUUAUAAUACCUUAUAAGAUGCCUGUAAACAUAAAUUUGUCAAUAAAUGUCAACAAAAGCAAAAUCAACAUAUUUGUAGUUGUUUAUAGGACACUUGAAGGCCCCUCAUUAAACAUGCAUUAAAAGUUCACUAACCUUUCACAACAUCAAUAAGAUGUUAUAAACAUCAAGAAGCCCUUAUAAUCACUGGCUUGUAGCACACUUGUGGGGAAUUUAUUACAAAAUUGUCAGGGUUUAUAGAGUUUAUAUUUUAUAUGUUAUAAGAUGUAUAUAACCAUUAAUAUAACUAAUAUCUUUGUUAAAAUCACAACUACCCUUUAUUAUUGCUUUGAGCCCCGCUGUAAGAACUUCAUUAACUUUGUUCACAAUUUAUAGACCAUUUAUCAACUUAAAUUGUUGAUUAAGACUAUAACAGGUUAAGAUAAAUAUCUUGUUAAUAAAUCCUUUCUAAUAUUCAUAUUAAAAUUAAAAAUGGCCCUUUUGGGGAACAGUGUCUUAUUAAGCUAAUGAAUUCUCUAUUGAGAGCCAAUAAGCGUCUAAUAAGCAAUGAUAUGUGUGUAAAUAAAGCUUUUAUUGACACCUUUAAAGAUGUAUUUAUGCUUAUAAGCACAUUAUACUGUCUUGUGGGUGACCUAUGCACUCAGUAUUACAGAAAAGCAAAGGACAGGACUUUAAAAUCCAGCUGCAGCUAAAUAACAAUAAUAGAUAGCUGAGAACAGAUAUGCAUGUAAGUGCAGCUGACAGUCCGGUCCUGGGCAUUGUCUCUUAAUUUCUCCCCAUUUUUUCAUUCUGAGGAUGUAAACAAUGGCAGCACAUGGGGAAGAAGUCCUGGCGUAGGCAUAUAUUGUCAUCAGAGUCAGAGCAUGGGUCUUAAAAGAAGCUUAAAGGUUGUUUUUAGGAGCUCAUACAGGUGUAUUCCAGACUUGUGGGGUUGUUUCAGUUUGUAUUUUUGUGUGUGAACAGAUCGCCUCAAGUGGACGACGGCCAUCAUCAUCAUCGUCAUCAUCAUCACCACCACCACCACCACAGUCAACAGAGGGCUGGUUUGUACCAAAGCCAGACGUUUAUGCUCGCCACGCCAUCUCCACCCUGGGCGUCUCCAACAGGACCACUGGCUACUGGCCUCACACUCUGCAGGUAAAAACAAAACAUUCUUUUCUGAAUUCUCCAAAUGCUUGCAGAUAUAAUCGCAGAUUUAUUUGCAGUGUUUGUGAUCUGAAACAUUUUGCUCUGUCGUUUUUCCUCCGCAGUACGGACUGAUGAGGUGCAUCCCAGAGUGGAUUUGGGUCCUGGGGUCACGUGUGUUCAUCAGUCUGAGCUGAAUGCUCACUUCCUCACAGUCUUUUAACUAAAGACUAUCUGGAUCUUUGUUACUGCAGAAUUUAUCAUCCUCCAUUGUUAAACUGUCGGGCUGAGGCUCAUUCAUGUUGAGGGUUGUAGUUUAAUCAUUGUCCUUUACUGAUAUCAAAACAACUUCUAGGGAACCUGCAGUUUGAUUCUCCCUGAGAUAACAAGUACACCUAACACACAGAGCACACGUUGCUGGACUAUGAUCUGCCAGUCCGGUAACUUAAAAAUAAACAAAAAAAUCUGGCUGUGGCUGAGAGUGAGUAUCAUCUUCAUGUACGACGUGAGCUUUGAUACAGAAGUAAAAGUAUGGCAGACUAUUUUACAGCCGAGAUGGAUCAGAGAGACCUGUUUCACUGAGGUGAAAUUAUCCUUAAAAGAGUUGAAUGUAAAAUGAUUUUAUUUUUCUACAUGGAUAAUAAAAAUUCGCACAUGAAAAUACUUGUACACUUCAAGCCAAGCUGAGUACAUUACAGAAUGUAAGUGCAAAUGUAAGUCUCGAUCCAAUAGUGACAUAAAAAAGCAUUUUGCACUAAAACUGACAUCAACAAAAUAAUUUAAAAUAAAUAUAAUACAUAGAGCAGAUAGUCAUAAAUGUGCGCUCUGAUUUCUGACAUUCUGCAUAAUUCAGAAAGUCUUUCCUCCUCUUUAUUUAGACUAUCCGACUUUCUGGUUUAACCUGCUUUUACCUGCAUUUACCACACCUUUAUGGCACUGGGACAAAAAGAGAAAGGAGUUUGCCCCUAAACUGACAUCAUUUAUAGUUUAAGAGACAGAUAUGCUUUAUUUGGAGUGAGGAAGAAAAUGAAUUGUGCAAUGCUAUAUUAGUAAAAAGUCUUAUUUUGAUAGCUGCAACUCAAUCUCAACAUGUUAAUUCUGGGUGUAUUUAACCCAAACUCUUGGCUGUUUGUUAUUUUAGAUCCUAACACGAGCUUAGCAAGAGAGGUUAGAUAAAUGGUGAAGCAAGUCUUUGAAAGUGUGUUUACAACCAAAAACAGUGAGUGCUCGGUGGGGAAUGGGAAAGCUUUUGCUCAGGGUUAAAGUUUGAAGCAUAUCCAGGAGUGACUUUGAAAUGCACUGAGGAUGUAUGGGGUGUGAUGUUGUGUUUUUUUCGAGAGAGAAGAUUUGAGCUGCAGUUUAUUUAAUGUUGGUGUUACUUUAAUACAAGUAUUUGUAUUUGCAAAAUAAGCAUAUUCAUAUGUGUUGUGCAGAGUGAUUGCAAAAUACUGUACAUGCCAGCUAAAUAUGGACCACGAGUUACGAAUUAGACCAAUAAAAGUCUUUCUUCAUUACCAUGA